AUGAGCGUGGAGGAACUUCUGGAACAGAUCUUCAAACUCUUCGACCAGGGAAGAGAUCAAAACCUGCAGCAAGAAGACUGGAUAGAAUUCCUGAAACAGCGUUUGACAAAUGAGAAGCAGAUCGAUUUUGCUGAACAACUGGAAAGUGUCGCAUUUUGUUUGUGUGGAGAAAAUCCAAUUUAUGUAGAUCAGUUCUAUCAAAUAUUCAAUGCUAAAGGGAUCGUAGAUAAAUUAUUCCGACUGGUAGAUGAGGAGAACUCUGGUGUAAUCUCAUCUAAUGCCGUUAUGGAAUUUCUAACAGCAAUAACGAACACAAGGGUCUUCCAAAUUUUCGACAAAGAUGACUCGGGAUCGAUUUCACUGCAAGAGUUUCUGGAUGCAAUGCAUCAGUUUGCAGGUCAAACACCAGACGAUAAGAUUCGGUUCCUCUUCAAAGUUUAUGAUUUAGAUGGGGAUGGUUUGAUCCAGAACAAGGAAUUACAACACGUCAUGAGAGCUUGCAUGGAAGAAAAUGGAAUGAAAUUUAGCGAAGAACAGAUUGACAAUCUAACCAUGGCAAUGUUCGAAGAUGCUGAUACAAAAAAUAGAGGUACUAUCACAUAUGAAGCUCUCAAAUAUCAACUCGAAAAACAUGGAGGACUCCUAGAAAAUCUAUCAAUAAGUAUCGAUCGCUGGUUAGUUCCACCAAAACCCCAAGCCAAGGUUUCCCUCUUGGGGAAAGUUCUAUCCUACCGUCCAUAUCAGCUUACGUUGCCAUAUGUUAAGAAUAACUACGUUUAUUUAAUAUUUUUAGCAGUAUUUCUCCUAGUCAAUGCAGCACUUUUCAUUUCUAGAGCUAUCGAAUAUGCCGAGCAUAACUGGUAUACUAUAUUUGCCAGAGCAUGUGGGCAGUGCUUAAAUUUCAAUUGUACUUUCAUAUUAGUUCUCAUGUUGAGGCAAUGUAUAACAUUCUUGAGGACAAGAGGUUACAGUUCUGUUUUACCACUGGAUCAACAUAUUUAUUUUCAUAAACUCACUGGUUUAAUCAUAUUUGGCUACAGCAUUUUUCAUUCCAUCAUGCACAUCUGUAAUUUCAGUUUGAUAGUGGUGAAUGAUCGAAAGAUAAACCACCAAAACUUUACCGCAAGUGAAUGGUUGCUUACUGGCAAACCAGGCUUAUUCGGACUGAUAGGAGGUGUAGCCAACCCUACUGGCAUUGCACUAUUGGUGAUCUUGAUCGCUAUUUUCAUAAGUUCCCAAGCUUUCGUGAGACGAGGUGGAUGCUUCGAAAUAUUCUACUAUACCCACUUAAUGUACGUUCCUUUUUGGAUCCUGUUGAUCCUCCAUGGUCCAAAUUUUUGGAAAUGGUUCAUAAUUCCCGGGAUAGCCUAUUGCCUAGAGAGAUCUUAUCGGUCCACUUUCAUAGUGACGGAAAGAGGAAAAACUUACAUAAGUUCUGGACUGUUACUACCAUCUAAAGUCACCCAUUUGGUGAUCAAGAGGCCUGGACAAUUCGAUUUCCAUCCAGGAGAUUAUGUUUUCGUCAAUAUUCCUGCCAUAGCUAAAUAUGAGUGGCAUCCUUUUACGGUUAGUAGUGCUCCAGAACAAGAAGAUUACAUGUGGCUUCACAUAAGAGGUGUUGGGCAAUGGACCAACAGACUAUACGAGUAUUUCGAGAAAGAGCAAGAAAAAUUGCACAAUGGUGAAAUUUCAGCAGUACAAUCCAGACCAAGCAUCACUAAUGGUAACCUCAAUAAUAAUAACCAAAAUGCUCUCAAGAAGAUACAAACCACGAUCACGAGGACGCUGUCUAACAGAGAUAAAAACAAGAAACCAGGAGUACAGCUAGUUGGAUUUUCCAACGAAACCUUUCAAAAUGAUGAGUCUAAGACGACACAGAGUGAAGGGGAUAUUAAUAAAGCUUCAUGUAGUACUACCACAGAGACGCCCAACUCUAGAUCGAGGAAACUAACUCCAGAGAAGAAAUUACAUCGAUUGCUGUUCACCAAUAAGGCACCACUUGAAAAAUCACUAUCUAUGCCCGAUAUGCAAACGAAAGCUAAGAGAAGAGAGAGGCUGUUAGUUUUACGUGAAUAUAUGAGAUCAGAGUCAGAAAAAAGUUUCAACGAGUGCCAGAUAAAAAGAGCUAGACUUCAAUCUUUGGGUUUAGCUUAUUUAAGUCCACAGAAUAAAAGUUUAGCUCAAAGUUUCAGGUAUAUGAGGCAUAAACCAACGAUUAUUGCUUUCAAAACUCCAAGUCUGGAGAACUGUGAACAAAGAGAAUCUACCGAUUCUUUAGGAAGCAUUGGUCGCCAAAUUAGUUCAGCAAAUUUUGGGAACUGUCCCGAAGGACGAGCUGAAGAAGGUAGGGUAAUUUCUGUGCUAAAUAAAGAGAACCAAUAUUCACCUAACUCCAUGCCCAUGAAGCAUAUGAACUAUCCUGUGGGAAAACCUUUGGAGUCUAUAAGUGAGAAGAACGCAUCUAAAAAAUAUAAAAAUGCUUUGGUGGAGGAAAUCAAGAUUCAAAUCUCCGACUUGGAGGGUACAGAGGUCGAUUUCUUCUGGAUAAAUAGAGAUCAGAGAUCGUUCGAAUGGUUCGUCAAUUUAUUAUCGCAACUUGAAAUAGAACAGGCAGAACUUGGAGGAGCAAUGGAACGAUUUUUGGAAAUGCACAUGUAUAUCACCAGUGCAUUGCAAAAAAGUGAUAUGAAAGCUGUUGGAUUGCAGCUCGCAUUGGAUUUACUACAUGAAAAGGAAAAAAGAGAUCUGAUAACUGGGCUCAAAACUCGUACCAAUGCAGGCAGGCCAAAUUGGGAUAAGGUGUUCAAACAGAUCUCGGACCAGAGGAAGGGCAAAAUUACUGUUUUUUAUUGUGGUCCCCCGCAAUUGGCCAGAAUAUUACGAGUGGAUCCAAAUGGGAAUCUUCCUAUCAGUAUCUGCAGUGACUGUAUUGAACAGCUACAGAACAUAUCAGCUUUCAUAGAACUCUCUAAAACAAGUGAUGCAAAACUGCAACAUGUCUUUGAAAAACAAACUAAGCAAAGUUCUUCUGUACAAGAAUCUUCUGAUAGUGAAGGUGAAGAUAAAGAAUGGGCAAUGGUCCAAGAAAAUGUGGAGAUUUCCAAUGACAGUUUUGCCAAGGAAGAAAAUGAGUUACACAUUGAGGUCAAACCAGACCUUCUGUUCAGAACAGAGUCUGAUGACUAUGCAGAAGAUAUAAAGACUUAUGAGUGUAAUCUCUGUGAUAAGGAAUACCCAAACCAAGAAAACUUGAAUAACCAUUUACAGUCACAUACAGACACAAAAACUCAUGUAUGCACACUUUGUGGGAAGACCUUUAAAUUGAUUUCCAGUUUGAUAAGACAUAAUAAGUGUGUUCAUAAAAUGGUGAAGCCUUUAAGAUGUGAACUAUGUAGCAAAGAAUUUCCUUCUUUUUCCUUGAUAAAGCAACAUGACUGCAAAGUAUCCCAGACACAAACAGCAAUAAAUCUUGAAGACAAUUCUUCUAGUACGAGUUCAAUCGAAUACUGGAGAGACAAUAAAAUUGGUGAAAAAAAUGAAUGUAAUAUUUGUGGAGAGUCAUUCAAACUUUCCAGAUUGUAUCAGCAACAUGUCAAGAAGCACAAAAAUACUGCAACAAAAUUAUAUAGAUGUGAAAAAUGCAGUGAGUCCUUUACAAGUAAAUCUUUAUUGGAAACACAUAUGUAUAAGCAUAAUGAGGACACAUCACUGAACAUUGAUUUACCAAAGGAGAAAACUGAUGACAAAAGCUUGACAUGCGAGUUUUGUGGCAAACAGUUCCCCACAAAGAAAACCCUGUGUGACCACUUGCCCAUACACACCAAGCAGUACCAGUGCGAUGUUUGUGACAAAGUGUGCACGAAGCGAUUUCACUUGGACAAUCACCGCAAACUCCAUACUGGGGAAAAACCUUUCCAAUGCGAGUUCUGCGAAAAGACCUUCCGGCUGAAAAGCGCUCGUAAGGCACACCUCAGGAUUCAUACCGGCGAGCGACCAUACCACUGCAGAUUGUGCAAGAAGACCUUCGCCCAGAAAAGCAAUGUUGUGGAUCACGAGAGACGUCACACUGGUGAUACGCCAUACGUGUGCAGGUUUUGCUCCAAGUGGUUCAUCCAGAAGUCGCAUCUGAAGAGGCAUGAGAGUACACAUACAGGGGGAAAGGUCUUGCAAGGGGAUGGGGAGGAUGGAACUGUGAAAACAGUCGAGGAAGCAUCUGAAAAUAGGGAAGAAAACAUUGGUGGAUUGGAAGAUUUCAGUUACAAUAAUUCUGAGAAGCCCUACGAGUGCAAGGAGUGCGGCAAGAGCUUCCGCCAGCGCAGCACCUACAACAGGCACGUGCUUGUGCACACCGACAAAAGAUCCUUCCAAUGCGACCAGUGCGACAAGACUUUCCAACAGAAAACCCAUCUGACGAGGCAUCGGAUGGUGCAUACGGGGGAGAAGAAGUUCCAGUGCAGCUAUUGUGGGAAGAAGUUCGGGCAGAACGUUAAUUUGAAGGCGCAUGUACGGACGCACACGGGAGAGACUGCUUUCUAUUGUUCGGUGUGCGGGAGAGGGUUCUAUGAUUCCAGCAGUAUGAAGAAACAUGUGAAGGGGCAUGCCAGAGAUGGGAAUAACUUGACUAUGAAAAAUGAACAGGGAGAUUGA